AUGUCGCUCAAGAGAACACACCCCUCAGGCCAGGAGCGGCAGGAGCGGGUGCCGAGUGAUGAUGUGCCGGUACUGUCUGAAACUCUCCAGGCCGAUUGGUCCGCCGACCACGAAAAUGGCACGAAAUCCCAUAAAGACUCCAGCAAAAGACGAUCGGUGGCUUGCAAGGCCUGUCACUCUUUGAAAGUGAGAUGUGUGCCCAAUAAUGAGAAGGACCCUAACGGUCCUUGCAUCCGGUGCACCAGGGCACAGCGUCCGUGCGAAAUAGACUUCACCCAAAUCAAGAAGAAGAGAGCCACAACAAUACAAUCGCCCGCCAAUAAGAUGGCGGCGCUAGAGAAGGAACUUUUGCUGGUGAAGGCGGAACUGGCGAGGCAGCAAAGGAUGAAUUCGCAGGCUGCUUCGGUACCACCAGCGCAGUCGGUAUAUGCCAUGAUGGGGACUUCUCCACAUGGGUUUCCUCCUCCUCCAAACACGAACUCACCCGAGCUCAUGAUGCACUCAUCACCCUCAGUGGUGAGCCCUUCUGGCAGUAUGCACAGAAGCCCACAGAAUCGUCCCACUCCUCCGCAACCGUCAAUGUUGAAGACUGAAAUUCCCAACGAAAUGCCCCAGCCAUACGAAAGCACCAGCACGAACGGGACCCCAGCAGAACAAAGGCAGUACAUGAGUUCGUUAUCUUCCAUCGAGGGCUCGCAUGACGAAGAGGACCCUGUUAAUCAUCAGGUCAACGAGCUCAGAAAGGAGCUCGAGAUCUUGUAUGACUUGCAAAAUUUUGCUUCUAAUUCUACAGUGUCAGCAGUGGCCAAUGCAGAAAGACGACUUUCGAUUCUAGCGGAGACAUACAAAAUUGAAAAUUUCGAUCCCAUAGCCUUGGGACUGUUGACCCAGCAACAGGCAGAGACUCGCCUCGAUGUGUGGAGAGUGCAGAUGGCUGCGAGAUAUCCGUUUAUUCUGGUGGAUGCCAGCUUAACGGUUGAUGAUUUGCGCAAGGAACAGCCUGUGUUGUUCUUGACCAUAAUGGCCACAUGCUCGAUGGUGUUAUCUGCUCCAAACGAGAUCAAUAAGAGACUGGACGUUCUUGUGAUGAAGGUGAUUUCCAUAGAGGUCCUCACCAUCGGCAACAAGUCCAUGGAGCUGUUGAAAUCAUUACUGCUGUUAUCUAUCUGGUAUAACAGCCCUGAGUUGUUCCACCAUAGAAGAUACCACAUGAUCAGUCUUCUGUGUAUCGCCAUGGUGCAGGAUCUGGGUCUCAGUGGAAGACCGUUCUUCUUUUACAAUAAGGACGAGGGCACCACUCGUAGGACCAUGAUGGAUGACCCCCAGGCUCUGGAGCGUCGUUCUCUCUUGCUGGUAGUGUAUCUCACCUCUGUUUGCAUAUCGUUGUUCCUGAGAAGAAGGAUCCCUGUACAGUGGACUGAGUACAUUGAGGAUUGUUGCAACGAGCUAGAGCUCACGGGCCAGAAGGACAACAUGAACGUUUCCAUGUAUGCCAGAUUGAACUAUAUUCUGGAAAAGAGCCACCAUGCCAUACAUUCUCCCGGUGACACCAGUGUGAGCAUCUCGGAGCUGGGUGGAAACAGACACAGGUAUGUGGUGGGUGAGCUCCAGAGACAGUUGGAGGGAAUCAAGAAGAAAAUAAUAAUCCACACCAAGGGUACCAACGAUUAUGACAUCUUUAUGGCGUAUUUCUAUUCGGUUCAGGCAUAUCUCCAUGAGCCUGCUUUGCACAAAAUCUUCAACGAAGGCCGGUUCCACGAGAGCCCUGAACAGCCUCUUCCGGCUUUUGUUGGAAUAUCCAUCGAAAGAUGCGCCCAAUCCUGCUAUGAUUGUUUGUACCAUUUCGGUGAGCUUUCCGAGGAGGAUGUCACCACAAUGCCACUAUUCUACUCCUCCAGAAUCAUAUACACUGCCGGUAUGCUGCUUCGUCUGCGCUAUCUGUGUGUCAGUGUGCCAGUCAUAUCCAAAUACAAUUUGGUCACUGCUGAUGCGCUGGUGGUGGUAAAGAAACUGUGUGAUCUUGUUCACCGCAGUUCCACGUCCCAUCCAGGAAACAACUUCUUGAGCAAGAUGAGACUGGUGUUGGGGCUCUUCACCCAGACUUACAUGUCACAGAUCCAGGCUAUCAUAAACAACUUGGCUAUGCAAAAGGCUGGUUUCGAAGAUGGAAAUGUACAGCAACAACAGCAGCAGCAACAACAACAACAACAGAACCGUGGUAGUGCUCCUGGGUCAAGAUUGUCGCCAACGUGGAACAACGGCUCCUCGGCCCAGAAUCCGGCUUCGCCAUUGGACAUCCUUUCGGAUGCUGCUGCAAUGCAAGAAACUGGAAUCGGCAAACCAGAUCAAGCUUCCGGUGCUAACCAACCACAGGGUUCUCAGGACAACGUCCUACCCAACAUUGUGGUUAGCGAAGGAGCUCACAUCCCCAUGAAUCUGGAUAGCACGGUUUACAACGGUGGCCGGAGUCGACUAAACUCCAUCUAUGACAAGAAUUAUAUGGGAGUUUCUCCCCGUGUUGAUGCUGUUGAAAAUGACCCUGUUGAGUUGUCCUAUUGGGCGCUGAACGAUGAAUUCUGGAGUGACCUGUUAAUGUCUGUGGAUACCAACCAGGACCCCGACCACAUGGGGUUCAAUUUGGCUGGCCAGCAAUUUGAUGGAAACGUAAUGUGA